AUGUCCCUUGACUUUGAUUCCUAUUUUAGGAAAUUAGAUCCCCAGAACACUUGGAUCGUCAAACGCCUUACUGGUGGGCUAGUCAAUGUUACCGUCCGGGCUGUGAGGGACGAUGCGAAUAAGCAAAACACAGCAGCUGAUAAGCCUGGGCCAUUUGGAAAACAUCAGAGCCUGAUAUUGAAAUAUGCCCCGCCUUUCGUAGCAAGUGUGGGCGAAGGCGCGCCAUUCGAUCAGAUUAGACAGAUUGUAGAGAAAAACGCCCUCACACUAUUCUCUGAACCUGAUGGGCCGCUUAAGCUCAUGACGUCAAAAGCAUCUGUCCGGGUACCGGGCCUUAUAUCCCAUGAUGAAGAGCAUCAUAUCCUAGUCCUUGAAGACCUAGGCACUCUGCCGCCAUUAUCAGACCACCUUUCAGCCUCUUGGCUGCCUUCUCAAAGCUCAACCUGGCCCUCACUAACUGGGACUCUUUUGCUGGAAAAUCAUAAGCUAUGUCUUUGUAUUGGUGAAAAGCUAGGCGAAUUUUUUGCAGAUUUCCACGCUGAGGAGACCUUGAAUUCGAUCAAGUCAUAUGGCAAUGACCCUACGAUGACUUGGUUCGAGAACGGCAGUAUGAAGGAGGUAGUGCGAGAAGCAGCGGUGUCAACUAUAAGACGGUAUCUUUGUCAGUUCAACUGUGUUGAAUCAGAGGAACUUAGCAAGAUUGUUGAAGAAGACUUUGAGCGCCAGGAAGUGUUUGAUGGAGAACAGUGUUUUAAUGUCGGUGAUCUGUGGCCAGGGGGUAUUCUUAUUGGCCUUCCAUCAAAAACUUCGCAAGACUUGACAGCGGUCGUCGAAGAAAAUAACAUCGGGGUUAUCGACUUUGAAUUCUCCGGUCUUGGGAGAGGUGUAAACGGCGACAUGGCACAACUUCUUGCUCAUCUCCAUUUAUACUCCAUUGCGUGGGGAAAUUGUGGUGAGCAGUUUAAGCCCAUCCACAAAGGCGUUCUUGCACUGGCUGAGGGACUUUGUUCAUCGUAUACAAGACACAGCUAUUCCGCCAAAGCACCAUGGCAGCUUUACUCUGCUAGCUUGCAGCCACCUGCCUCAUCCCACGCCGCUGGAAUAUUUCGGUCAGCUCUUAUCUUACAUGGACGGGAAGUGAUAAAUAAUGCGGUUGAGAAUGACUGGAGUAGCUACUGCAUAAAAACGUUCGACGACAGCCAAAGGGCCGACGGGAAGGAUACCAAUUUGACCAGAAAGAUGGUAGAUACAGGAGUCAGCUGCCUCCAGAUGGCUGGCCGUACCAUCGAGGAGUUUGUCCAAGCCGAUAACUGGAAGCGAGUCUGCUGUAGCAAGGAGUCGUCAAUGAUUGCUAGAUUGUUCAAUGUCGGUUCCUAG